AUGUUUCGCGGGAACGCUCCCACCCCUCCUCCAGGAACUCCUCCACCGAGUCUCCCAACUGGAAUAAGAUUACCAGUGCCAGGAGUAACACCAACAAGAUCCACAGCACCCAGUUCCAGCACACCAACACCAUCCAGAAGUGGAACCAGUCUGAGCAGACCAGACACCCCCCAACUACCCAUUGCCUUCGGUCCCGACCCUUUUUACUUCCAUCUCCCAGACCUUGACAAUAGUGACACCAAUAGGGCAGACUCGGACAACAUGGAGUGGGCAGGAGGAACACCUCGCCCCUCUUCUCUCCCCGCCCAAGCCCCCUCAACCCCCCUCCCCCCCUCCGCCGCUUCCAACCAAAUUGACUCCAUGUCAGCUACCCAAUCCAACCCCAUCACACCCAUCCUCCACCUCAUGCCCUCUCGCCCCUGGACACGCAACGAGAUCCGCGAGGAUCUCAUCCACCGCCUAACCAGCCUUAUCAACUACCCAACCCCACCCACCUACGCCCUCCUACAGUGCAGAAUAUCAGAAAUCCGAACCGUGGCCAUCACUCUCACACUCCUCGCCAAUAGAACGCCGCCCGAGGAGCUCACCCCCGAUAAUACACCACCUACCUCACUUGAUAACCUCGUCCUAGAAGAAUAUCGGACAUACCUGGCCAAUGAAGCGGCGACCCAGCAACAAGUGCGCGAGUCAACCCCUGACUCUGGGCUCACCGCCAGCAACGACGAGGCCGUGGGCCGUGCCAUGGCACACUUUAAUACACUCCUGCGCUCCAUGCGCAGCGAGGGCGGCGGCAUAUCCUUCACAGCCUCUGUUCUUGCGGCGCGGGAGGCGGUUUCAAGUAUGCUCCCUGGCGGGCCCGCGUGGGCUCGGGAUGAAGCCGGAUCUACAGUUGGCUGGAACCCGAGCCAGGACGCCGCUGCUGCUGCUAGGUCCAGAGAGAGGCAGGAGGCGGCAAGGGGACGUUUUGAGGAACUCAGGAAUGCGGGGCCAUCCUACUGGGGUGAUGGAGUACCACAGGGCGCACAGUCAUCACCUGGGAGUGGAUUCAUGAGGAGGGAGAGGUUGGAUGAUUCAGAUAGCUCGACAGCCUCAGGCCCGUCGCAGAGAGCAGCUGAGAGCGAGGCGGGCGAUGGGCCUGACCUCGGCAUCCUCGGCCUCCUGGGCGGCCGGCCGACAGCGGAGUACUAUCGUAGCAGGUUCCCGAUGGCUACGGAUGAGGAAAUCGCUGAAGCCUUGAUCCGUAGGGAAGUGUUCCGCCCGCGUCGUGUGGCGAGGCAGACUAGGAAUCGUGAUCCUAGGAGUGCGGGGGUGUCGACUAGGGUGUGGCCGGAUGCGAGGAGCAUGACCGCGGAGCAGAUCGCGGAGUUUAAUAGAGUGGCGAGGAUGGAGGAUAGGGAGGAGGAUGAGAGGAUAGAGAGACAAAGAGCGGAGGAGAGAAGAAGGGUAGAGGAGGAGGAGGGUAGGAUAGCUGCAGUGAGGGAGCAGGUGACAAGAAGGUUGAGGGAUGCGAUGGAGGAGGAGAUGAGAGGUGCCAGUUAG